AUGUCGCAGUGCAUUACACAUAAGCCUCGGGAACAAGCCGCGGAUGCGCACGCUGCGGAAUUGGUCGCUAUUCAAGCAGUCGCAGAAGUUGUCGUCGCAAGUAGCUUGCGAUAUCAGGUGGUUACCAUAACAGACAUCGUGCAUUUCACAGCAUUCAUUCACAUCCUCUGCAACAUUUACAUGAGGCGAGAGGCCAUUGCAUCAACUGUUGAUUUGUAUGCUUAG